AUGUCUUACAAUCAUCUGGCUCAGGAGGUGUUGAGAGAGUUGUAUAAGAAUGAAGAUUAUUUCCAUGAAUUACCCCGAAUGCGCCUCCGAGAUGUAGAUGUUGAAAAGCCUUUGUACGACAUUGCCGAUGUAGAUCGAAAUACCUUGGUUCUGACUCUGAUGCACACUGCCUAUGAUGGGGUCGUGAAGGCAACCGCCAAUGCAACACGUAAUCGCCGUUCGUGUUUUACAAUUUAUCUACUGCAUACCAUAACCUAUCCGGCGGGUCAUCGAUAUCUGUUCGAGACUUUGUGGAGAUAUCAGUUGAGGCGGCCUUUGGUCAUUGCCGGUGACAAUUGUCUGCUGACCAUCGAUCCAUAUCCCACGUUGAGAAUUAUCAAUGUUACUAUGGCACCAAUGGCGGAAUGGUUUCCCAUAGUGGAGGAUAUUAAGGAUUUUCAAGGCUACACCGUGAACAUGCCCAUUCAAACGGAUAUACCAUCCAGCUAUUUUUACAAAGAUGAAAAGAGUGGCAAGUUCGUGGCUGAUGGAUUGUCGGCUUGGAUUAUAAACGAGUUAAUGGCUCGCCUCAAUAUCACCCUGAAUGUAUAUCCUUUGAAUGUCAACAAUUCAUAUUUUCUGAAUUCCCUGAAAAUUGUCGAACUACUUCGAAAAGGUGAAAUUGAGAUAAGUCCCCACCUUCUGUCCAUUGUGAAAUAUGAACCCGACAUUGACUACAGCUAUCCAUUUAUGGCUACAUCUCGCUGCAUCUUGAUGCCACAGCCGCGAAAGCACACCAUUGCCUUUUUACGCUUCAUGAACUGGAAGUUGAGUGCCUCGUUACUCGUUUUCCUAAUUUUCUACGAAAUUGUUUGGACAUUUUAUCCGCUGUAUUGCUCCAAUAUUCCGAAGCAUAUUUUUCACCUGCAACACUAUCGUCCGCUCUACAUAAUAUGUGUCCUUCUGGGUAUUCCCAUGCCAGCCCUGGCAUUGCCCUCCUGGAAACGUUUAGGCAUUUUGGCAUUUGUUCGCAUUCUACUUUUGUAUUUUCUGAUUGCAUUCGCCGGCCACUAUUCCUCACAGCUAUUCUCCAGCAAUUUGACCUCAUUUCUAACCUCAAAUCAUUUCAAGAGUCCACCUCCCGAAUUCCAGGAAAUACUGGAGGACAGUAAACCCAUAAUGAUGCGACCAUUUGAUGCCCAAUCAUUUACGGAAUAUUUCAAAAUCGAUGUCAUCGCUUCGGAACAUUUUGUCCUGGCCACGUACAAGGAGGUCUAUCGUCAUCGUUCUCAGUUCAAUGCCUCCUAUAUGUAUUUGGUGACCCAGCUGGAAUAUGAGGUUAUGGACGAACAGCAACGUUAUUUGCAAUCGAAACGUUUCAUUCUCUCCAACGUCUGUCAUGGCCCCUAUCCGUUGCAGUUUCAAUUGGCUGCCGAUAGUCAGUUUCUGGAUUUGUUACAUCUUUUCAUCCUGCGGCUUCAAGAGAGUGGUAUAAACAAAUACGAAAGGCAAUCGCUUGUUGAACGGGCCAAGAAACAUGGCAAACUCGGCUAUAUUCGUGAUGUGGACGCGGAAAAAUCCUUGCAGCUGAAUGUCACUUUGAAUACCCUAUCCGCCAUUAUAUUUGUUCUGGCCGUUGGUUACACAACCAGCAUAAUUGUGUUUAUUAUGGAAUUGCAUUUCAAGCGAAUCAUAUGCGCUUUUAAGAAGUAG